AUGCCUGGCUUCACUAACGUGAUGCAAGACUUCAAGCAAUGUCCGUACUGCAACAGAAACUUCAGCCCUUCGGCCGCUGACCGGCACAUAGAGUUCUGCAAGGAGCAGUCGGCCCGCAAGACUGCAGCGGCGAAGGCAGGGGAGAAUGACCGUGCCAAGCUGCAGGAUAGGAGAACUAAGGUAGCAGCAGGGGUAUCAGGCACCAAAGCUUCAACCGAAAACGACGACGACGACGACGACGAAAUCUUCGACGGUCGCGUCGUCGAAAAACGUUUCGAUAUGAGGACGCAGCGCUCCAAUCUGACAAAGCACAAUGCAGCUCCUGCCAGCAGACCCGCUGUCAACGGCGCGCCGAAGCCUCCAGUUGCAGCGCCCCCUAGCCGGACGCAGUCGAAACUCCCGGCAAAGACCGCCACAAAAAACGUCGCCGCUAAACAGUCGAACGGCAGCAGGCAGCAAGCGGCGGCGAGCAAAAUUCCCUCGUCGUCGUCGACGCCCGAUUUUAAAAGCGCCGCGUUGCGAACGCUCUCGCCGGCGGUCGGUGCCGACGUCGAUGACCCCACGUGCGGGGCGCGCGAGAUGUCCUUCACUAGGACGCCCUCGGAGCAGGCGCUCUACCACCCGCGCAAGUCCGACGACGGGGGAUACGAGAGCGGAGCCUACUACUCAGCCGUGUCGCCGAGCAGGUAG